CUCCGGGUGCUGCUCGUCCUCCGCGGGCGCCCAUGGAGGCGGCGGGGGACGCGCCUGCGGGGAGCCGCGGGGCCGAGGCCCUGCUGGGCGAGCUGGAGGCGCGGGUCCAGGACGUGGUGAGGGCGAGCUCCUGGUGGGAGCGCCACGGCGUGGACUGCGCCAUCCUUGCCCUCAGCCUUCUUGCCUUGCCGCCUGGGUUCCUGUGCCUGCGCUCUGAGAACCUCCUGGUCUUUGCCCUGGGCAUCACGGUCCUGGGUGUGUGCCACUACACGCUCACUGUCAAGGGCAGCCACCUGGCUACUCACGGCGCCCUCACCGAGUCUAAACGCUGGAGCAAGAUCUGGAUGCUUUUCUUUGUGGAGGUUUGCACAUCCUUCACUGCAGAGUACGCCAAGUAUGGACACGUCAAGAUGCAUCAUGCCUACACCAACGUGCUGGGCCUGGGGGACUCCAGCACGUGGCGGCUGCCUUGCCUCAACCGCUAUGUCUACAUGUUCCUCGCGCCUCUCCUGAUCCCCGUCUUAACCCCGCUGGUGGCUGUUGAGCGGCUGAGAGAGGUGGAGCUCAAGACGGCUCUGCGGACCCUGGGCCUGAUUUCCCUGGGCCUUUACUCUCACUACUGGGUCCUCCUGAACGUGUCUGGCUUCCAGAGCCCCGGCUCGGCCCUGGCCUGCAUGCUCAUCACCAGAUCCCUGCUGGCCCACCCUUACCUCCACGUCAACAUCUUCCAGCACAUUGGGCUGCCCAUGUUCUCCCGGGACAGAAAGCCCCGACGGAUUCACAUGAUGAGCCUGGGGGUGCUUAACCUGCCCCGGCUGCCAGUGCUGGACUGGGCGUUCGGCCACUCCCUCAUCAGCUGCCACGUGGAGCAUCACCUCUUCCCCCGGCUGUCUGACAACAUGUGCUUGAAGGUGAAGCCCGUGGUGUCCCAGUUCCUCCACGAGAAGCAGCUGCCGUACAACGAGGACUCCUACCUGGCUCGCUUCCGGCUGUUCCUCCAUCGCUACGAGGAGUUUAUGGUGCAGACGCCUCCCAUCACAGAGCUGGUGGGGCUGCAAUGAGGGGGUGGGCCCAAGAGUCACCCCACUCUCCCCCCCGCCCCCAGCCCAGCCCCGGCUCUCCUGCUUCUGCUGGCCAUCCCUGAGGCCAGGAGGGCGAGGGCCCUUGCCCAGUGGGUGUGGCUCUGUUGCUGGUGAUGCACCCAGAGUGUGUUGGCACUGGGCUGGUAGGAGCUCGUGCUGGGGAUCCUGGGGGUCAGCUGUCUUGCUUGCUUUUCUGGGUUUUGAGGAAUAUCUGGAGGAAAGGAAUAAAGGUUAAUCUGGCAUUCUGGUUAA